AUGCUUGCAGUGGAGCCAUCCCCUGGCUUGUACGCUCAGCUAUUCGACUUGCAAUUCGAUCUCGCUGCUCCUAAACGGAGGUUGGACCCUGACGUGUUCUCGUCUUCAUCCAGACAACUAGAAAUGAAGAGGAGGUUCACUGCAAUGCAGCUCUUCAAGAGAGGUGAUGUGUACGUCGGUGGCGACGACAAGCAGUUGGCGGAGGCGUUUGGUGUGGCGUAUAUCAUGUUAUUGGAGGACAACGGAACGAAUGCGUACAAAUUGAAAGCUGACCGACAAAGCUUGCUCCUCCCCAUCGUGGUUGUCGGGUCUCGGUAUCCCAUUCAUCUAGCAUCAUCUUCCCACUCAUCAUCCACUCCUUUCCAACGUCCACGAACUAUCACGCUCCCUCCUCUAUGCCUCCCAGCCAUUCUUUCAUACGUUGUCCGCGCCGAUUGCAACCCUCUCAACGUACCCCAAUACGCACUCAACACACGAGCGGACGCUAUUGCUAUGGGUGUCAAUGAGCCCACAGUAGAAGAUAUUGUGGAGCAUAAUAUGGCGACGAAGACGCAAUGCUUAGAGCAUCCUCAGUGGGACGUGCCUCAGUCGCGUUCAUCUCCACGACCAUCCUCGCCUUUGUCUCAUCCCCAGCAAGGAUUGUCUGGCGCUCCUAUGUUUCCUUUCAACGAAUACCAACCCCUUGCGGAGGGCACUAGCAAGAGCGAGCGACAAGACUCGGACUGGGCCCGCCUUACCUCCACCUCCGCAUCCGAUUAUAAUGACCUGUCCUCCGUCCAUUCCUCUUCCGACUAUUCUCAGGCUCGUGGCGCGUUCCGCAUGCUGAUCAAAUAUCUUUCUUCUUUAUGCGUCGUGUUCGCUCGUCUUGUUCCAUGCGAAGACGACGAUGGCCAACGUGAUGAAGGAGUCGGACGUCGCAAGGAUGUGGAGAAGAGGAUGAAGGAAGAGGGUGUAUGUAAGCCUGAAGGAUGGGAGGACGGAGAGUGGAGUUACAGGAUGAACUCGAGCCAGGACGGCAUCGAGGUCCACACUCCCUCUUCAGCACUACAGUCCUCGGAUGCGGCCUCGCCUUCCGACUUCGACUUCAGCGCAGACCCCCCCUCCGCAAACCGGGCCCAAGUUCACGACGACCUCUUACAAGACGCACACCCCAUUUCCCACCACUUUCCGUCCCACACGGCGUUGGGGACAACACAAGCGAAGGAGAGGGAGGUGACAGAGAUUGUGUUGACGGGUAGGACGCCCCCAGACGCAGCUCGGGCCUGGGGCGAUUACGACUACUUCGGGAAGGUGCGGGUGAGCGACGGGUUGGUCGUUCUGAGUCGGAAACCGGAAGUGGAAGAUGUUCUGACGUUCUCUUACAGACUUAUCACGGAGCUGGUUUUGGUUUAA